UAUGUUUUCAAAGUUCUGACAAGAGCUCCUACCUCACCUCAAUUCCUACCAACGAAAAUGAAGAGAAUAUUGACGCCAUAAAUAAUGAGGUUACUACCCCCAAAUUUCUGCUCAAGAAAAUGUCAAGUGUCGGUGAUGGGGACGAUGUUGGAUUGGGAUUCAGAAAACCACAGAAAAUUACCGACAGGGAGGAUGAGUACCGCCAAAGGAGGGUCAAACAGAUCAUUUCACUGGAGCGCUACGAUUCCUUUUUUGUUGGCGAGAAGACACCGAAGGAGGAGACCCUGAAGGCCAUUGCUAAGAAGAAGAAGAAGGAAGAGGAGGAUACUGCUAAGGCGGCAUCACUACAGGUUGCACCGACACUGCAACAACAGCAAUAAAAAAAACGGAAAAACAAGUGAAACGAGUCAUA